GGUGGAUCAGCCACCCCUGAGCAGUGCUCUCUGUUCCGAGCAGCGGGACCGCAGCUGCUGAGUGAAAGCCAACAUGAGCGAGCGACAAGGUGCUGGGACAACCAAUGGGAAAGACAAGACGUCUGGUGAGAAUGAUGGGCAGAAGAAAGUUCAAGAGGAAUUUGAUAUCGAUAUGGAUGCACCAGAGACAGAACGUGCAGCUGUGGCCAUUCAGUCUCAGUUCAGAAAAUUCCAGAAGAAAAAGGCUGGGUCUCAGUCCUAGUGGGAGAGCCCCUCCCUAACCCACCUGAAGACACCCAAUUCAACCAUCAUCUGUCAAAAAAUUAAAAAGACAACACCCUAAAGAAAAGUCAUUCACACAUGAUACACUCACACACAGCAAACCUAAAAUGCAUGUACAG